AUGGCUGAAGAACAAAAGCCCGUGUUGUUGAGGAAUCAUUAUGUUCCCACUACAUACACCCCUUCUUCAAGCCUUCAGCUGCCGGACAUUACGGCAGCUCAUUAUGAAAUUAAGCCCAGCAUUAUUCAAAUGCUCCCAUCUUUUUAUGGGCUUGAUAACGAGGACCCCUAUAAGCAUCUUGAUGAAUUCCUUGAGACUUGUUUAACUAUGAGAUUACAGAACAUUUCUGAAGAUGCUUUGCGUAUACGGAAAACAAACCAAAUACGGAAAGCCAUAACCGGUUUUUCACAAAUAGAGGGGGAACCUUUUCAUGAAACUUGGGAUAGGAUGAAGGACCUUCUACGGAGGUGUCCACAUCAUGCUGUUCCCAAGUGGCAGCUUAUUCAGUGUUUCUAUGAUGGCUUGACAGAGCCUCAUAGACAAAUGGUAGAUGCCUCCUGUGGGGGUACGUUUAUGCUUAAAAGUGAAGAUGAUGCGUGGAUUCUGUUUGAAAACUUAGCUGAAAAUUCUUUACACCAUUCAUCAUCUGGUCGUAGGGCACCUGCAUCUAAGAACCAAAGAAGUGAGACAAUUUUCGGAGUAAGCCAUUCCUUAGAUGUGACUACUAAGGUAGAUGCCUUAUCAAGAAAAUUAGAUCAGAUUAUGGCUGCUGGUUUUGCACCUACAACUGUUUCUCACAUUCCACCUCCACAGGAAGUUUGCUCAUUUUGCUCUAAUCCAUCGCAUCAGGCGAAAGAUUGCUCCGUCUUAGGACAAUUCUCUGAAGUUCCUCAUGAGCAAGUAAAUGCAGCCAUCUCCAGACCGGUUAAUGAUCCAUAUUCUCAUUCGUAUAACCCAGGAUGGAGAAAUCAUCCAAAUUUCUCUUGGCGAGCUCCAGGGAAUCAGGGACCGACUAUAGGAGUGCAUAAUCAGGCACACCCUUUGCCUCCUAAUCAAUCCUAUAAUCCCAAUUAUCGACUCCAUCAGUAUCAGUCAGCUGCUCCUCCAAGAAAUUCUGCUUUUGAGGAUAAGGUUUUAACUGCACUUGGCAACUUGGAAGCAAAUACUCAAUUGCUGAAUUCUCAUUCCCAGUCGAUUGCCAAGUUAGAAGGUCAAGUUGGACAGCUGGCAAAUGCAUUUAAUCAGAGAAAAGAAGGGAAACUUCCCUCCUAA